GUAUUCGUUUGAUAAACCGGUUUGAUUAAAGUUCAGGUACGAUGUCGUAUAAUGACAGGCAGGAUCAGUAGUAAGCGAAAGUCGGCAGGUGCCAGGAGAACACACAUUCCACUGAAUUCCGGUGAAGCAAGCUUCGUAAAAUGUCAGGAUCAGUUGAAGGAGAAAAACUGGACCUUGUUAUAUUUGGUGCCAGUGGCUUUACUGGAAAAUAUACUACUGAAGAAGCUUUAAGAUUAUCAAAAGUAAAUGAUGGUUUUACCUGGGGAAUAGCUGGUAGGAGCUCUAAGAAGUUAAAGCAGAUUUUAGAUGAUAUCAGUAAGAAAACAGGGGAAGAUUUGUCAUACAUACCAAUUAUAGAGGCAGACCUGCAGAAUUUUGACUCACUGCUUCAUAUGGCCUCAAGAGCUCGUGUUGUUGUGAACUGUGUUGGUCCUUAUAGAUUUUAUGGUGAGCCGGUAGUAAAAGCUUGUAUAGAGAGUGGUGCUCAUCAAGUUGAUGUUACUGGUGAAAUUCAGUACAUCCAAAAACUUAUGCUCAGCUACAACACAUUGGCAGAAGAGAAAGGUGUCUUCAUUAUUAAUGCCUGUGGUUUCGAUUGCAUUCCAACAGACAUGGGAGUAGUGUUCCUGCAAAAUAAGUUUGGAGGUGACAUAAACUCCGUGGAAGCAUAUCUUGAGAUCGAAGUUGAUGUCAAGGAUCGAAAGGGACCCGCCAUACACUUUGGCACCUGGGAAUCUGCUAUUCAUGUAACAUCCCAUUAUGGUGAAAUCCAGUCACUGCAACGGAAAUUGUUCCCUGAUAGAUUACCACGACUUACUCCAAAACUAAAACAACGGUUGCUGCCUCAUAGAAGAUCUGAUGUUGAGGGCUGGUGUUUACCAUUUCCAGGGACAGAUAUUGCAGUUGCCGAGAGUUCCCAAAGACAUUUUUAUAAAAAUGAAAUGAAGCGUCCUGUGCAAUUUAACAUGUACUUUGUGCUUCCAUCAUUGUUAACCACAAUUGGAUUCAUCUUCAGGGCUUUGUUGGUGGGUCUUCUGGCACAGUGCAGACUUGGAGUUAAAUUUCUUCUUAAGCAUCCAGGAAUGUUUACAUCUGGUUAUGUAACUCAUGAAGAUCCUGCAGAGGAAAUCUUGAAAAAUACUCUCUUCAGAUUUACGCUUUUUGCUGAAGGAUGGAAGGAAAGAUUAUCAGAACCAACACCUAAGCAUGUAAUGCCAAUAAAUAAGAAAGUAACUGUACAGAUUAAAGGUAGAAACCCAGCGUAUGGUGCCACUUGUACUGCUCUUGUCCUUUCAGCAGUGACAAUUAUUAAAGAACGUGAAAAAAUGCCAGCUAGGGGAGGUGUGAUUACUACAGCGACUGCAUUUUCAAAGACAUCCUUAAUAAAAGAGCUGCACAAAGAAGGUCUCACAUUUGAUGUAAUAUCAGUAGAAGAGAACUGAAAGCCUGAUAUUGUACAUUUUACUUCAUGCAGAGUCUUUGUGUGCAUGGUUAAUAUUAUAGAAACUGCCUUGUUGUGAGAGGCUGUAGAAAUUUGGUUGUCCAUUGAAGUUUCUAGUCUAUUAGUGAUGUGAACACCUCUCUUAUGAUUUGCACUACUUGUUAUUGCAUUUUUAUGCACAGACAUGAUUCAUAGUAACAGUCAACUCCCGUAUCCAAAAGCAACCAAUUAAUCAAUUAAUCACUCAGCAUAUAGCACAUAGAAAGUGAUGUUACAACAAUUUUCGUGAGACUGUAGUCUCAGAUUCCACAACCAUAUACCACUCAAAAGUGUGAAAAAAACUGAAAGGAGGGAUGCAAUAUAGACCUAUGAGGGAGAGUAAUGAAUCUCUAAUGUGAUUUGCGAGAAAGGGUGAAAAUAAGCAACUGUGUGUCUUGACCCUCCAAACUGAGAGUUGUAACAAAAUCUGACAAAAUUAAUCUGUUGAUGGUUGUGAACUAGUGAAUGUGGCAUAACGAGUCAAUCAUUCAGUGCUAGUAAAGCACAAAAAUGAAGAAAAAGAUUGAAAACUGUUGACUUAGAAAAAACUUGCAUCAUAAUGUGUUUGAUAAUGUGUGAAACUACACACAGUAGCAAUCAAAUCAUUGUGGGGAAGUUUGUUGCCACCUUACCUAUGCUUUCAAUGUAUGCAACACCCAAAAAAUGUUUGACUUUCACAAUUCUAAAAAAAAUAGAAACCUACAAACCCAAACUGGUCAGAAUGGAAAGGCACGAAGGGGGGGGGGGGGGGUGUAGUAUGUUGGGUAUGUUUUCCCUCCUUUUUAACAUAAGAGAGGUGGACACUCUUUAACAUUGUGAAAAAUUUUACUUGCUUCUUAUAUGGUCCACUUUGAUAUUACUAUUUCCCACCUUUUUAGCUUUGUACUGUUGGUGCAUUUUGUCAACAAAUUUUAAUUUUCAGACAUUUUUACUGAAGUUGUGUAAUGGGAGAGGGUGAUGAUGGAUCUCAUCUGCAUAGCCAAAGUUGGUACUAUACACUUAAUGAUGUGAUCCAUCUGUCUGCUUCAGUUUAACAUUUAACAGAUCUUCUAGCUUGUAUUUUAUGAAAAAUUUAAUGUAAAGAAUAACAUUAUGUGUCACUGUAGUUCCCUUUCUGAGAUAACUUCUUCAAAUGCCAUAUAAAAUGUGUAGUGUUCUACUGAAAUAAAACUAAACUUAUUCUUGUUGCUUUACAUAUAGAUAAGUUUUUUCCUUUUGACAAUACAUGAAAAUAUUUCUCCAUUUGACUAUUUUCUUCACUACGAAAUAUGAAAUUUCUAUUCACUAUUCACACUAUUCACUAAUAACAAGAAACAAAUCAGUUCAUUACCAACCUGCUGUUUUAGGCUAUAUGAUGUGUAAAGUUUUUACUAUAAAGUUUAUUUCAUUUUAAGUAACAAAGAUUGUACUCUGUAGAAUAUGCAAGACUUCAGAAAUUGAAUUUUUCAUUUCUAAAACAGUUAUCCAAGAAAUGAAUGUAGUUUUGCUUCAUUUGCCUGAAAAUUGUUUUUAGCUCACAAACACGUGAUUUGUCACCAGAUGUGGGCUGGUGUAAACUGGGCUACCUCAGCAUAAAGACCAUCAAUGUACACAAUGUGUACAUCAGUUAAGCCAUGUUAUCCAGAAUCACCUCUUGAAAAUAUGGAACAGAAGCCACAACUCCACACUGCAUGUCACAGAGCACAGUAAAUAGCAUGAGCACAGCUACACAACCUAUGGAUGAUCGAAACAUGGAAAAAAUAUCCUGAAGUAAUGAGUUGCACCUGUGGGGAAAAUACCAGUGGCUGAAUAUAGGUGUCAGUAACUAAGAAUAAGAAGAAUAAUCUUUAUUAGCCAUUCAGUAUUUUCUUAUACAAUGGGCUUCAUCAAUAAGUUCAAUUACAAUAUAAAGAUGGUUAUAUUCUCAUAACAAUGUAUAUAUAAAUCAUAUGAAUUUUAGUGUAGUACAAUAGCACACAUUUGGAAUUUUAUAUAUUGUUAAUUUUACAAGAAAAAAGAAAACAUUAUACAGAUUUAUAUUAAGCGGGGAGUAUUCAUGUUGAUGGCAUUAUGUCAUUAUCAUAUACAUUUUGAUAACACUAUGUCAUUAUCCUAAGCUAUUGAUACAAAUAUAGAGCACUCAAAAUAGAUCUAUUAUGCCUAUAUGUUAGAUAUUGUUUUUCCAAAUUUAGGUCCUACUACAGGCAGAGGUACCUUUCUCUAUGUUAAAACAGCAAAUCUGCCAUAUUACAAUCUCUAUAUUCAUCAACUGAAUAAAAUGCUUUACCUUUGAGCCAUUGA